AUGGGCAGAGUUGGGAAGUUUUUUGGGAAUCCAGGCAAGAGACCAGACCUGCACCACCAGGCACCCUUGUUCAGUAAAGGCACAGACGGCGAUGCUGCGUCUCUUUGCUCUGUGGAGACAGCUGCUGUCGUCGGGGUGCCCGAGAAGAAGGAUGCGGCAGAUGCAGUGGUGGACACUACGUCGCUGAGCGACACGUCCACGGCGAUUGAGUUGGCAGAUGUCAAUUUGCAGAGGGACGGGUGCAUCGAUGUCUCCAUUGGGUUCACUGGGCUGCACAAGACGUGGUUCGACAAGUCGCUGGACUGGCUGGUCUACUGGGCUGGGUCUCAGAUCGUGUUUAUCGCCAUGUGGGCGGUUUUGGUAUGCUGGGUCGUUGUCGGGGCCGUGUACGGGGCACCCUUCAAUUGGCAGGUGGUCAUGCAGGACGGUCAGUCUAUUCAGUGCUACGUGUGGGAUACACUCCUCAUGAGACAGCAACUGAUGUCGACACACGAACAGAUCAUGGUGUGCUCGCAAUUGAGGUCCAGACUCGCUUCCUUCAAGUACUUCCUGCUGAAGGAUCCGCAGGUCGGCGGGUCUACCCUACAGCACAAGGGGGCCUCCGCGGAUGACGAACACAGCGCGGGGGACUUGCCCAUCGAGAACUGGUACGACAGGGUGUCCUCGUGCGCCUCUGCUGUGCUCGGGUCCGUCCCAGCAAUGGUCGUUUACUGGAUCGGCAUAUUCGUGUGGAUAGGUUGUGGGGCAUUGCCCCAGGGUGGGCAAAAAUUCGCAGAUGACUGGCAGAUGGAGAUCAACACCGCAGUGGCCGUCUCUUUACUCAUCAAUUCCACCUUCUUACAGAAUAUCCGUGCUCGUCACGAUAAAUUCAUCGCUAAGUGCAUGUUACAAAUCAUGGACUUGGAUUACAACAUCGACUCGUGUUUGAGGGACCACUACCCCUGCGAACGCAACAGGGCGAAUAAAGUGAUCACGGUCCAUGAGAGAAAGAGGACCUGGGGUUGGAAAGUCAUCGACUGGUACGCGGACGUCAUCGGCACAGGGAUCGGGGUCAUCAUCGCCAUCAUCGCGUUCGGCGUGUGGAUCGGCAUAGGGACACCGCUCCAUUGGGACGACAACUGGUGGCUCAUCAUCGGGACGUACACGGGGCUCGUCGGGUUCCUCGAUGGGUUCGUCAUCAGAGAGGUGUACUACCGUAUCGUGCAACACGAGGAGGAGAACUUCGCUAAAUUGGCAGACGAGGAUUUGGAGUUGUUCCAACAGAUUGGGCUGGAGUGCCCGGAACAGUACCGAGAGACACCGAAGCACAAGAGAACGCUCAACUACAGGAUCAGCAGUUUCGUCAACAGAGCCUGCUCCAACCAGUGGUCAGUGCUCGUCUCCGUGCUGAUCAUCAUCGCACUGAUCUGCAUCGCAUCAGGGAUGAAGUGGAGCACAACGGGGCAACUGAUCGCAAACACUCCCACCAUGAUCAUCGAGGAGUUCUUCCUCAUCGUGCUCCUGCAAGCGCACAACUGGGCAGACAUGCAGCGCAGAAUAGAACUUUCCUCGCUCUUGGGCAGAAGACGCAUCUUACUAGACUACGUCUCAUCCCGCUACACCAAGAACUAG